AAGAAUAAAGGACAUUAUUUAUGUUAAAUGUCUUUUGAAAAACCUUCUGUUGUGAUUGAUAAUGGCAGUUUUAAUAUAAAAGCUGGUUUCUCAUGCGACAACCAUCCCGUAACCAUUUUUCGCACACUCGUUGGGCGACCCAACUACUUGAACGGGGGGUAUGGACGUGAAUACUACGACGUUUACAUAGGUGAUGAAGCAGCAGCGAAAGUUGUGAACUUGGAGGUCGACCAUCCCGUAGUGCGUGGUAAAAUAGAGCACUGGGACAAUAUGGAAAGGAUUUGGCACCAUGUAUUUUAUCGAGAGUUAAAAGUCGCGCCAGAAGACCGUGCUGUUAUCUUAGCCUGUGGAGCGACGUCAACCAUGUCAGAAAAAGUAAAAUGCUGUGAAAUUUUCUUUGAGACUCUAAACUGUCCUGCACUUUGUAUUCAGUCUCAGCCCGUAUUGUCGAUGUACGGAUCUGGUUUAACAACAGGUAUCUGUGUAGAUAUUGGUUAUGAUACAACAGAUAUAGUACCAAUUUUUGAAGGCAGUAUAGUCCACUAUGCUCAUAUGCAAACAGGUAUAGCUGGUUUUCAAAUAUCUGAUUAUAUAAAAAAAUCUCUAGGGGAGCGUAAUCUCUUGAAAGAAAUUCGUUCUCUUGAAGACAUCGAGGAUAUAAAAAACCAAUGCUUAUAUGCUACUCCUAACUGUGCUAUGUCAAUACGGAAACAAAUAUACAAAUUACCAAGUGGUGAUGAAAUAGAUGUUAGCAAUGAGGCUUUUAUGGCUGUGGAGCAAAUUUUCCAACCAGGUAUACUUAACGAUAAUAAUAAAAGUUGUCUACCAUUACAUGACGCCGUGGUCACAGCUGCACUGAAAUGUGACGCUGAGUUGAGAUCGGAAUUAUGUGAAGCCAUUGUAAUCUGUGGGGGAAUGUCAACCGUACCGGGGAUAAAUGAGAGAUUACGGAUUGAAUUACAGGGCGCGAUUGACAACCCUGUUACAGUUCUCACUUCGUCCGAACCAUAUGCUGUUGCGUGGUUAGGCGGAGCGACAUUUGCAGGAUUGCCAGAUGCCGAAAAAAUUUGGAUAAAAAAGAAGCAGUUUGAGGAUCAUGGUGAAAAAAUUAUAAAGAAUAAAUUCAUGUGAUAAAUAAUUUAUA